AUGCCCUAUAACACUAGACAUCAUUCUACUCCACGUGGAUCAUAUUCCAAAUUUUUUGAUGAUGCUGAAGAGGAAGAAGAAGAAGAAGAAGAAGCCCAAACUAGAAAGCCUCCGACAAGGAGAACAAGUACAAGGUCAAGUCAUAGAAAUUCAUCAAGUGAUAGUGAGGAAAUAGAUGAUCUGACAUCUAAACGAUCAACAAGACAAAAUAAACCAAGACAUAACAGAAUAGAACAGGAAGAACCUGAGGAUGAGUAUUCCGAAAGUAUUGCUUCUUCAAGACCAAAAAGAACACCAAAAAAAACAACAUAUACUGAUUUUUAUACGGAAGACUAUGAUGAAAAUUCGGAUAAGGAAACUCCAAAAUCAUCAAGGAAAAAAGCACCAGCAAGAAGAACAACUGGCACUAAAGUACAAAUUAAAAGGGAAUUAAUUGAAGCACAUACUAGUGAAAUCCCGAAUCCAACAAUUGUACAACAGCCAUCCGAACAAGUUGAAACAUCAGUAAUAACUUCUGGUGUUAUUGAUGACGUAUUUAAAGAUAUUAUUCCAAAUAAUCAACCUAUCACUACUGAACAAAACAGUAUACCAACUAUGGAAUUUCCAACUAGUACCGUACCACCAAGUAAUAUGGAAUUUGAUACAUCACUCAACAGAAGCCAAAGUGCUAUUUCAGAGCAAAGUGAUGAUCAUAAAGGCAAAAAAAGAAAAAAGAAUGAGGAGGAUGAGGAUUUCGUUAUGGAUGAUGAUGAACCAGAGGAGGAAGAAGCCAUUGAAGUAUCUGAUGAAGCUUUAUCAGAUGCUAUUUCUUCCAAUGAUGAAUUAGAAAUGAGACCAACAAGAAGUAGAAAAAAGCCAAAAUUUAUUGUGGAUGAUGAUGAGGAAUUGGAAGAAACAGAAACACCAAAAGAGAAUGGAAAGGAUAUUAAAAAGAGAUUAAGGCCAAGAACCCAAGCUCAACUUAAUCCUUAUAGCCACCCUAUUCCAAAUAUUGACAAUAUUGAAAUUCCAUCAAAGAGUACUAUGAUAAAGGAACAACAAGAACUCUUGGCACCUUUAGAUUCCUUAACAUUCCAAUUUUCAGAGUCUGAAUCAGAAUCUGACAACGAUGAAACAGGUUUGGUCAAUCCAGCAUUUGGUAAGAAAGGAGAAUAUGAUCACAUUAAGCCAAUCAAUAUUGAACAACUUAAAAAGAAACCAUCUGCUGAUAUUGAUCCAGUUUUUUCCAAACCUGUUGGAUUUGACAUGGUUGGUGGUCUUCAUAAGCACAUUAAUGCAUUGAAAGAAAUGGUAGUAUUACCCCUUUUAUAUCCAGAAGUAUUUAACAAAUUUGAUAUUACUCCUCCAAGAGGUGUCAUAUUUUAUGGUCCACCUGGUACGGGUAAAACACUUGUUGCUAGAGCUCUUGCUAGCACCUGUGGUACUGGAACAGAUGGAAACAAACCUAUUGCCUUCUUUAUGCGUAAAGGUGCUGAUAUCCUCAGUAAAUGGGUUGGUGAAGCUGAAAAACAAUUAAGACUUUUGUUUGAUGAAGCAAAGAGACUUCAACCUUCCAUUAUUUUCUUUGAUGAAAUCGAUGGUUUAGCACCAGUAAGAUCAUCAAAACAAGAUUACAUUCACAGCUCAAUUGUAUCAACUCUUCUUGCACUUAUGGAUGGUUUAGAUAGUAGAGGUCAAGUCGUGGUAAUCGGAGCCACUAAUAGAAUAGACUCUAUUGAUCCAGCUCUUAGAAGACCAGGAAGAUUUGACAGAGAGUUACUGUUUACUCUUCCUUCUAAAAAAGCAAGAAAAGAAAUUUUACAAAUUCAUACUAAGAAUUGGGUACCUCAAAUACCAGACGAUCUGAAAAAUUACAUUUCUCUAAAAUCUGUUGGAUAUUGUGGAGCUGACAUUAAAGCACUCUGUGCUGAAUCUGCUCUUAACGCUCUUAAAAGAUCCUACCCACAAGUUUAUACCAGUCAAUCAAGAUUAGUUCUUGAGCUUGAUACAGUAGAAGUUACGAAGGUAGAUUUCCUAAGAGCAAUGAAAUCAAUAGUACCAGCAUCACAUAGAAAUGCCGUAAUUCAUGCAUCUCCUCUUCCAACUCAACUUGCUCCUUGCCUAAGCCAAAAAUUAGAAAUGGUUUUGAGAAUAUGUACAGAUGCCUUCCCAUUAUGUAUCAAAACCCUAGAGGAUAAAGUUGAUAAUGAAGACCUCGUAAUAGAAACUGGUCCAAUUUUGGAUGAUUUUGAAGGAGUAGAUGAAAAAACAUUUGAAAGCAAUUCAAACGAUUUCUUUAUCAAUCCUCCAACAUUCAGACCUUGGGUCUUGAUUCACGGACAAAAAGGAAUGGGUCAAAAUCUUAUUGCAAGUGCAGUUUUGUAUAGUUUAGAAGAGUUCCCAUUGUUCUCCCUAAGAUAUGAAAACCUUAUUUCGAAUACCUCAUCUAGGAGCGAAAUUGAAGCAAUUAUUAAUAUUAUUGCCGACUCUAGAAAGAAUUCACCAUCUAUCCUUUGGCUUCCUAAUCUUGAUGAGUGGUUUGAAAAGAGUACAGAUUUAAUGAAAUCUACUUUGAUUUCACUCCUCAAUGAGAUACCCUCCUCUGUAUAUGUGUUCGUCCUUGCUACUUGUAACUACUCUUCUGAAGAAUUACCACAAGAAUUCACUGAAUUAUUUGCUGAUUAUAGAUUUGAAGUUAGCUCACCAUCCAAAGACGAAAGAGUUGAAAUGUUCAAACCUAUUCUUGCUGAUAUUGUUAGAUCUCCACUUAAGAAAACAAAGGUUAAGAAAGUUUAUCCAACUUUACGUUUGGCUCCUCCAAAAGAACAAAAAUCCUCAGAAAUCGAGCCAAGCAAAGAAAAGAAAUUGCAAAAGCAAGAGAAAGUCUAUCUGAAAGACUUGAGAAGUGCACUUCGUGAAAUUAUAACUAGAAUUAUGGCAAAUAAGGUAUAUACAGUAUUUUUGAAACCUUCAAAUGAGGAGCAAAGAAAGUUAAUUCCUGAUUCAUCCAAUGAGGAAGAUGUUAAAAUUUAUCUAGUUGAUAUUUUAUUUAAAUUGGAAGCUAAGAAGUAUAAUACAGUUAAAGAAUUCGCAAAAGACAUUGAAAAGAUUGUUAGAAACGCAGAAUCCUACAUAAAACAACCAGCUAAGUAUAUUGAUAGACUUACAGUGAAGAGUAAGGGUAAUGCUCUUUAUGACUCUGUAAGACAAGCAAUCAAAUUACAAAUUUCAGAAGAAUUAGCCAGAAAAUGUAAACAUAUUGCCAAGAGAAGGAUGUUACACGCACCUCAACAUCAAGAUUCAGAUGAGGGAACAGAAGAGGUAACAGAAGUUGGACCAGGAACAAAGGAAAAAGAUCCAAUAAUUAUUGAUGAACAAAUGACAGAUGCCCCAGCAGAAGGAGGAGAACCAAAUGACAAACAAAUGGAUAUUAGUGAUCCAGUAGUAUCUACUAUUGAAACAACACCAGUUACCACCACUACUACUGACUCUAAUCCUUCAACUAGUAAUAGCAUUGAGAAUACAUGUGUGCUCACAACAACAGCACCACCUGUUGCCGAGUAUCACACUCCUGAAGCAGAACAACAGACUAUUGCUCUACUUCCUCCUAUUGCAACAUCAUCAGUAGCACUUGAAAUCCCAAUUAUUGUUGAGGAAGAAGUAGAACAACCAGAAGUACCAGUUUGUGUCGACCACGAUCGUAUGAAUAAUUGGUUUGACAACCUUAUCGCUCUCACUGAAAGUACCUCUCUAGAGGCACUCGACAAGGUCUUCAGUGUAGUAUACAAGAGCAUCUAUCGAUACAGAUUUACAGCUGAUAGAAACCCAUUAAUGGAAGAACUUGAACGUUAUGGCCGAACAUUUGAAAAAAAAUAA